UUAAACCGGCAGCGGGGCCAGGACCAGCUGUCCAGGAGCAUCCCGGACCGGAGCCAGGCACAUUCGGGACUUGGAUCUGACCGAGGGCGGCAGCAGCCGGGCUGGUGCAGCGAUGUCGGUGGUCGAGGAAAGCCGGCCCUUUGCUCAGCAGCUCUCCAACGUCUACUUCACCAUCCUCUCGCUGUUCUGUUUCAAGCUCUUUGUGAAAAUCAGCCUCGCCAUCCUCAGUCACUUCUACAUAGUGAAAGGCAACCGCAAGGAGGCGGCCCGGAUAGCGGCUGAAUUUUACGGAGUAACCCAAGGACAAGGUUCCUGGGCAGAUCGGUCACCACUUCAUGAAGCGGCAAGUCAAGGUCGUCUUCUUGCUCUGAGAACAUUAUUAUCGCAGGGCUAUAAUGUCAAUGCAGUAACCAUAGACCACGUCACCCCGCUACACGAGGCCUGCCUUGGAGAUCACGUGGCCUGUGCCAGGACACUUCUGCAAGCUGGAGCUAAUGUAAAUGCGAUCACCAUAGACGGUGUGACCCCGUUAUUCAAUGCGUGCUCACAAGGCAGCCCCAGCUGCACAGAACUGCUUCUGGAAUAUGGUGCCAAACCCCAGCAGGAGUCCUGUCUUCCUUCCCCUACACACGAGGCCGCCAGCAAAGGUCACCAUGAAUGUCUGGAAAUCCUCAUAUCCUGGGGCAUAGAUGUUGAUCAAGACAUUCCUCAUCUGGGAACCCCUCUGUAUGUAGCUUCUAUGUCUCAGCAGUUCCACUGCAUCCGGAAGCUUCUUUACGCUGGCGCUGACGUACAAAAAGGCAAAUAUUGGGAUACCCCAUUACACGCUGCUGCUCAACAGUCCUGUAUAGAAAUUAUAAACUUACUGCUAGAAUUUGGAGCGGACGUCAAUGCCAGAAACACAGAGCUUCUGAGACCUGUCGACGUAGCGACCUCUAGCAGUUUGGUGGAAAGAUUACUGCUUCAGCAUGAAGCUACCCCAAGCUCUCUGUGCCAGCUUUGCAGACUCUGUAUCAGAAACUACAUUGGAAGACCAAGAUUACACCUUAUCCCACAGCUCCAGCUGCCAACAUUAUUGCAGAAUUUCUUACAGUAUCGAUAAGGCAGUAAAAUAAUUCUAAAUGUUUGAAAAUCAAAAAUUUCUAUUUCAUCUGCAUAGUGUAUAUUUCAUAUUAAAAUAUGCUAAAGAUAGGGGAAAGAGAUAUGAGAACACCCCGGAGAAGAAGUGAAAUGGCAAUUUUAGUUAAAGUGUACUAGUACAUACUAUUGUUUUAUGCAUUUUUACUGUUUUUGAACUAUAGUACAUUUAAAAUAUCUAUAUAUUACUAGCUAUUCCCAUAUAUCCCUUUGUUGAUUUAGAAAAAAAUGAGAAAUUCACCAUUUCAUUUUUAGAAUGAAACAGAAAAAUGUGAACCCUUACUAAAAGUAUUUGUAUAUUAUAUUUUUAAAGGUCUAUAUUUUUCAAAUAAUAUGUUAGCUUUUAAAUUUUGGCCUCUGUAAUUGACUAUCUCUGUAUUUUUUAUAUUAAUACGAAAUAUGAGUAUGGUUUAGAAAAGAGUAAGUCAUAACCUUUUUGAAAUAAAGUUGACUCUCAUUCAGGAAACCCACCCUGUUAGAUGUACACUUGUCAUUGUAAUGAUUAAUUCCAUGAAGAAAGGAUUAAUUGCCCCUUCCCUGCAAAGAUCCCACUGGUCACUUCACCGCUUUAAAUGAACCUAUUUCAGAAACUGGUAGGACUAAAAUGGUCACUACUGCCCUCUCACGCUGAGAACUUUGGAACAUUACACACCUGCUCAAACCAUCUGAAGACCCUCUCCUUCUCAAGGGUGGCCUCUCCAGGUUUCCCUUCUGUGCUUUUGCACGUAUCACUCCAGCCUUCCCCCAGUUCAGAGACUGCUGAUAGCUGGUGAUACCUGGACCCAGGAAAAUGAACUUCAUAUCUCAUUGAUAAAGAGGCCCUGGGUCACACUUCAGGGGUCAGGGCAGUCCAAGGCUAUAGAAAAGGGAAGAAGAAAAAUGCCUUAACUUGUGGGGUUUACAAAGAAAGGGACAAGGGGGUACCACUUAGCAAAUGUAGAAAACUCAGAAAAUGUACGCUAUCUGUGGACCUUCAUUGUGGUGUUCCUAACCCUUCUUACACGAAGCAAGGGUUCUGCAUAGAUUGUACUGCAAGGGAAUGCGGUACACCAGAAGGUAUUAGUGUAGCGGUGUCCCCUGCAGGGGUGUAUUCUCUUCUGCUUAACUGUACUUGAGUGCGAUGUAAAACAUAACUUAAAAAAUUAAAUAAAAAUUUUUAAAAAGCCUUGUGACUUCUUUGUAAUUUAGACUAUAUUUGAGUUUAUUAUGGAUUUAGAAAUAAGAUAAUCAAGAUACUUAUAACACUGUGUAAACUAGAAGAAAAUAUUUUGAUGAGUUUUAUAUUAUAAAUUUAUCAAAUUUUGAUAAAAUAUUUUGACGACCCAGGGGCCUAGUAACUUAGUUCUUGUUUGACUUUCAGAGACCCAUGGGAAAUAAACUAUUAUUGUAUGUAACCCCAAAGUUACUAAGAUUUGCAUUUUUAAAAAAUCAUUUUAGAUUUUCGAAAGUAGAAAUAAGGCUGUAGCAUGUUUGUUUAAAAAAUGUCUUCUAUGUGGGUAGAGACUUUUAACUUAGUCUGUUUUACAAAAUAUCUCAGUUUAAUAAAUUUGUAAUAUCCUCAGAAGAAUAUGCAUUUAACUGUUGUUUUAUUAUAGAGUAACCCUAUUAAGUAUAAUUAUGUAUUAAAACUGCUUUUAUAAAACAGUUUUCUACUAGCAUUUUCCCUGAGCUAGAGGUCAUCUUGGAGUAUAAGAGUAAUGCAGGGCAUCCCUCUUAAUUGAUCUUGUGCCAAUAAGAGUAGUAAAUAUCAAAUAUUAAAAUAAAAAUUGACACUUGAAAAUUUUAGUAUGCUGGUACCUUGUAUCUUAGCUUGAGUACAAUUGUCUUAUCAAAGAUGUGUUCUAAUUUAAAUAUAUCAUAUUUGUUAAUAUAUUAAAGUGGGAUGUUUAUCCCUGGAAUAAAGCACUUUUUUU